CUAUUACAAAUGCAUCUCUCUCUCUCUCUCUCACACACACUGAACUGAACCACUGAAGAAGUAAAAGUGACUCGGUGAGUGACUCACUGAGUUAGUGAAGCUAAUGUAGCUUUAGAUCUCGAAGCAACGAAUGAUGAGGAGCUGAAAUUGAUUCCAAUGGAACAUUCCAGAAACAGAUAGAUGAAGUUCUCUAUAUCUGCCAAGGGAAUAAAGAGACUCACGAUAUCGAGCGGCGUCGGUGCCGGUGGCGGCGCGGCAGAAGAUGUAUCGCUGAAGAUUCCGUCGAAGCCAGCUUCCGGUCGCCGGAUUACUGCAAGGACGGCGAUUCCGGCGGCGCUGGUGCUCGGAACAUUGUUGCCGUUUUUGUUUGUUAGAAUCGCAAUCUUUGUUCUCGAAUCAGCUUCGGUUCGCUCUUCUUUCGACUGUGGAGGAUGGAGGUUCUUCAGUGGAGCUGACAGGUCAUUGAAACUAAGAGAUGAGCUUACCAGAGCACUAAUGGAGGCAAAUGAGGGUAAUGAUGAUAUAGGAGCUGAGUCAUUCAAUGAACUUGUGAAAGAGUUUACCUCAAAACAAGACCUUAAGACUUUUGCUUUCAAGACCAAAGCCAUGUUGUUACAGAUGGAACGCAAAGCGCAGUUAGCAAAACAGCAGGAAUCAGUUUACUGGCAUCUUGCUUCACAGGGUAUUCCCAAAAGUCUCCAUUGUCUUAGUUUGAAUUUAGUUGAAGAGUAUGCUAUAAACGCCAUUGCUCGCUCUCGUCUACCUUCUCCCGAAUACGCAACUCGCCUCAUCGAUCCUAAUUUUCGCCACCUGGUUCUCCUAACUGACAAUGUCCUUGCUGCCUCUGUUGUUGUGGCCUCUGCAGUUCGAAAUUCAGCCAACCCAGAAAAACUAGUCUUUCACAUUGUUACCAACAAGGAAACUUAUACUCCAAUGCAUGCUUGGUUUUCCACCAAUUCAAUUGAAUCAGCAGUUGUUGAAGUAAGGGGAUUGCACCAAUAUGAUUGGUCUGCAGAGGUAAAUGCUGAUAUUAAAGAUAUGCUGGAUAUCAAUCACUUAAUUUGGAAGCAUUAUCAUAGUAAAGAGAAAGACCUCAACUAUAGUCAAGAUCAUAACAGAUAUUUGGACACUUUAAGGCCUAGCAGCCGUUCAUUGAUGAAUCAUCUCAUCAUUUACCUCCCUAAGCUGUUUCCAGAUCUCAAGAAGAUAGUAUUUCUGGAUGAUGAUGUUGUAGUGCAACAAGACAUAUCUUCUUUGUGGGAACUAAAUCUUAAUGGUAAAGUCAGCGGUUCAGUAUUCAGGUCAUGGUGUGGAAAUGGUUGCUGCUCUGCUGGGACUAAAUACAUGGACUACUUGAACUUCUCACAUCCUCUCAUAUCAUCAAGCUUCAACGGCGACCGUUAUACAUGGCUGUAUGGCAUGAAUAUAUUUGAUCUUGAAGCUUGGAGGAACACAAAUAUCACUGAGAUUUACCAUCAUUGGUUGAAACUUAACCUGAAGUCUGGAUUGGAAUUGUGGAAUCCAGGAUUGCUUCCUCCUGCAUUGAUUGCAUUUGAGGGUCAAGUACAUUCUAUAAACUCAUCAAUGCUUGUGACUGAUUUAGGCCAUCGCCAUCGCUCUGGUGAAAUCAGCAGAGAAAGAGUGGAAGCUGCCGCAGUUAUUCAUUUCGCCGGCCCUGCAAAACCAUGGCUUGAAAUUAGUUUCCCAGAGGUUCGAAGUUUAUGGAGUCGAUAUGUAAAUUUCUCUAAUAAAUUUACUAGGAGAUGUGGAAUAAUUACAGGGUGAAAAAUGAACAAAGUUCUUCAAAAUAUUUAUAUAGAUUGAAGCAAAGAUAACGUGUGGUGUUAGAGGGAAGAAGGUUUUGCCUUCAGUCUCUAAUAACCAACACGUUCUGCAUAGUAUUGUAUCAGUUAAUUAAGCCAUGUCAAUAUAAAUAGUAAAUAAUAGAUGAAGCUAUAUUUAGAAGGAUUCAAGCAUCACAAAAACAGUUUUUAUAAUA